AUUCAUGUUUUACCAUUAUGAUAUGUUUCUUCUAAUUGAUGGUUGAAUGGCGUGAUUGUUUCUUAUCCAUACACAAUUUCCAUUGUACAUAAAUAGAUUAUGUUGUAAUAAGAUUCCGUUGCCUCUGAUGACAACCAACCCCUAUAAAUAACCAUAUGAACAAUAAUGAUGUUUCAUUUCUGUUAGUAGUUAAAACAGUUCUCUGAGCAUCUCAUGUCUUAUGUGUUUGGAAGCCUAGCAUAUGUUUUUUAGAAACUAGUUUUGUUAACAGUUUGAACGUUAGAAACCAUCUGAAUAUAGACAUGGGACAGAAUCGUGAAAACUCUCGUUUUGUGAUUGAAUCAAGGAAUAUAGUUUCAGAUAAAAGACCCUUAACAUCAUAGUUCUAGUGCUUCAAUGCCUGCCCUAAGCCUGAAAAUGGAUUACUCUUUUUGGAUCGAGAAGAGAUGCUCCAAAGCUUGCGUUUUAAUGGCGAUCUUUCUGGUUUUAAUCUUCAAUGUGGAGUUAAGCUUUGCCUCGAUGGGGGAAGCCCUCCCUCCCGAGGCAUUUUCUGGCUUCGGGCAGGAAUCCCUCCCUCCUCAGCCAUCAGUUGGUUUCGGGCAGGAGCCCCUCCCUCCCGAGCCAUCCGUUGGUUUUGAGGAAGCUGUAGGUGCUGAGCAAUUCGGUGAGGUUAAAGACCCUGAAAUUCCCGAGAUUCCGGUGUUCAUAGCUUAUCUUGGUGAGAGGAAACAGCCUGAUCCUAAAUUGGUCACUCAAUCACAUCUUCAGAUGCUCACCUCUGUUCUUGGAAGUGAAGAAGAAGCCAAAAAGGCAUUGAUCUAUAGUUACAGCAAUGGCUUUUCUGGCUUUGCAGCCAAGCUUUCACCGCCCAUGGCAGAGAAGAUCAAUGACCUUCCUGGAGUUGUCUUCGUUAUGAAAAACCGGUUUCUCCAGAUGCAAACAACUAGAACUUGGGAUUACCUUGGCCUUUUGCCGAGUUCUUCUCAAGGCCUUCUACGUAACACUAACAUGGGCAGUGAAGCUAUCAUCGGCAUCAUCGACUCUGGUGUAUGGCCUGAAUCAGAGGCCUUUCAUGAUAAAGAUUUUGGACCGAUACCGAAGCAUUGGAGAGGAGAAUGUGUAGGGGGUGAAGGAUUUGAUCCUGCGGUUCAUUGCAACAAGAAGCUUAUAGGAGCCAGGUACUACAUGGACGGCCUCAUAGCAAAGCUCGGGGGACAAUAUAACCAAAGUCUGGAUUUUACGUCCGGUAGAGAUGGUAACGGCCACGGGACACAAGUCUCCUCGAUCGCUGCUGGUUCUUUCGUUCCAAACGUAAGCUAUCCCGGUGUCUCGGGAGGAACAGCGAGAGGUGGAGCUCCUUGUGCGCGUAUAGCCACUUACAAGGCGUGUUGGAACACGAAUGGGGAAGGACAAGGACAAUGUACGGUGGCUGAUGUCUGGAAGGCGUUUGAUGAUGCUAUUGGAGAUGGGGUUGAUGUUUUGUCGGUUUCUAUUGGGUCGGGAUUUCUGCCUAUGGAUACAGAACUUGAGUUUGCCCUUGCAGGGUUUCAUGCUGUGAAGAAAGGUAUUCCUGUUGUCUCUCCGGCCGGGAAUUCCGGUCCGAAUCGUUGGAUGGUUGGUAAUGUAUCUCCAUGGAUAUUAACCGUGGCAGCGACUACCAUUGAUCGGUCCUUCUCUGUGUCCUUGACACUCGGAAACAACAUGACCUUUCCGGGUGAAGGUCUAUACACGGGGCCAGAAAUUGGCUUCAGUUCUUUGGCUCUCCUAAUCGGUAUUGCGCAAGAUGAUCGUUUCCUGGUAGAAGGGCAAGUUGUGCUGAUGUUCCCUGAGAUCGAGGCCGAAGCAGAUUAUCCAACUUUGACACGUGAAGGCAAUGGUCUAGGUGUAAUUUUCGCGAGAAGGCCGAAUGAUAAGAUCUAUGAAUGCCCGGAAAGUUUCCCGUGCAUUUACGUGGGAUUUGAUGUCGGAAAUGAGAUAUUGUUGUACAUCAGUACCACCAGCUCUCCGAAGAUCAAGAUCACUCCGACCAAGACGCUCACUGGUCAACCGGUACAAACCAAGGUCGGGAAAUCCUCAUCGAGAGGGCCUAAUUCAUUUUCCCCGGAAAUUCUCAAGCCUGAUAUCGCGGCCCCGGGUUUGAGUCUACUAUCAGCGCGACCGAACAGUGACAACAGUUCCAGUGGAUUUGUCUUCUCCGGAACGUCAAUGGCGACUCCAGUUGUUGCAGGAAUUGUGGCACUUCUCAAAGUCUCGCAUCCUGAUUGGUCACCUGCUGCGAUCAGAUCGGCCAUCGUUACUACAGCCAAAAAGACAGACCCAUAUGGAGAACCAAUCUUUGCGGAUGGAUCAUCUACAGAACUCGCUGAUCCGUUCGAUUAUGGAGGAGGGCUCGUGAAUCCGGAGAAAGCAGUGGAACCCGGACUUGUAUACGACAUGGGCAUCGACGACUACGCACAGUACCUCUGUUAUGCAGGUUACAGCGAUUCAUCUCUCUCUGCAAUCGUCGGAAAAGAUGCAAAGUGCCCCAGUCCAUUGCCGUCGAUUCUUGAUCUCAACUUGCCUUCGAUCACCAUUCCAGAUCUCAGGGAAGAUGUCACUGUGACAAGAACCGUAACCAAUGUCGGGCCCGUCGACUCUGUCUACAAGCCAUUGAUCGAUGCUCCAUUCGGUAUAAACGUGGAGGUGAGGCCAGAAGCGUUGGCCUUCAACCUCAACACGAAGAAACUCGGUUUCUCUGUGAAAGUGUCGACCACGCACAAAGCGAAUACCGGAUUCUACUUUGGAAGCUUGACUUGGACUGAUGGGAUUCACAAUGUCACGAUUCCGUUAUCCGUCAGGACACAGAUUAUAAGAUAUCUUUAGUUGUGUAAUAAUUGAUAUCCGUUAUAUACAUAAUGUGUGUUGGAAACUUCACCAUUCAUAUGAUUUUUUUUUACUUUCCCCC